AAAUAUUUCAUCUACACCUGAUCUUCUAGGAUCUUCUAGAAAAUUUAUGGAGAAAGGUGUCAGUUUAGGCACUCAUCCAACACGUAAAUUACAGAAACAUGAAGAAAGCAGAAGACACCAACAUGCUCUUCUGAAACAUGCAGAAACUGUCACCAGUAAAAGUAGUAGAUCUACUUUAUUGAAUAUUUGGAGCUCAAUGACCGAUGAAAAUUCAAAAAAUAAAAUGUAUAAUAGAAAUUAUCUUGAAAAACUCGUUAAAUGUGCAUACUUCAUGGUCAGGAAGAAGUGGGCUUUAACAGAAAAUUUUGAAGGUUUUGUGCGUUUUGUUGGUCAGGUUGGAUGCCAAGAAAUCCACAGAUAUCUAGAAAAUGACCCAAAAAUAACUUACCUGUCAUCAAAAUCAGUGUCAGACAUUUUGAAAGAUUUAAGUAAUGCAGUGGAAGAAAAAGAGGAAUGCUCCUUACUUUGCUUUACUAGCAGAUGAAAGCACUGACGAGGGAAAUCGAAUCCAGUUUGCCCUCUUGGCCAGAUGGCCCUCGGAAGGGAAAUUUGAAGAUCGCUACCUAGGUCUCAUCAAUGUGAAAAAAACUGAUGCUCAGAGUCUUUAAUAGGCCAUUCAACAAUUCUUCUUGGCAAAAGGUGUAGAUCUGGACAAAGCUAGAUUCACAGCAUUUGAUGGUACUAAUACAAUGAGUGGUGAAAUAUCAGGUUUGCAGAGAAGAGUACGACAUAUUUCUCCUCAUUGUUUAUACAUAAACUGUCGAAACCAUCUCCUGGCUUUAUGCUUAAAGCAUCUGAUGCCAACAUAUUCAUCCUUGAAAGAUGUUGAUAGUGUUCUUUUGUCUCUCUGGAAGUUAUUUGAAUACUCACCUCGCAGACUCACGAUGUUCCAAGAAGACCUUCAAGAGAUGUAUGUAAUGAAGUCAUACGCACUAGUGAAAGCCAUGUCUACACGAUGGUUAUCUCUUGAAAUAGCCUGUGGGAGAGUUAUUGACAGGUAUGGGACAAUAAUUGACAUUUUAGAUGAGAUAUAUGAUGAAAAGAAACAACCAGAAAUAUACAGAAUUCGCUUUUGUUUGACCCAGCAAAAUACUGUUGCCAUGAUGAUGUUAUUGUGUGAUGUUUUGAAACCGUUGUCACACUUGAGUGUGUAUUUACAAGGAGAGUAUGUAAAUUUUACACACAUUGGCACACACGUCAGACAUGCAAAUGAUACUCUCCAUGACAUUAUACAAAAAGUGCAAAGACCAGAAAUUGAUCCUGAGCUUAAGUUUUCCAAGAUUCAGGAGCUGUUUGAUGAAAUUACUGACAGAACACAGUUGGCCAUGAGACGUAAAAAUCUUCAGCACACAACUCCAGACGACUUCUUAAGAACCAUAGGAGUCCCAUUCAUUUAUUCAUUGAUUGCUGAAGUGGAAGAUGCUUUUAGAUGCACACCAGUUUUGCAAGCACUAGGAAUACUAGACCCUAGAAAUUUACCAAAGAAUAUACAAGAAAUCCCUGGCUUUGGAGAUGAUGAAAUGGACAGGAUAGCCAAUUUUUAUGGAAACCCAAAGGAAGAUACAUUUAUGAACUAUGUCACAAGAUGUGGCAGUGACCUGAAUGCACCUGUCAAGGUGUGUGCUGAGUUUAAAGCAUUCAAGCAUCAGAUGUUUAUAAUGAGCAUUCAUCCCUGAAAAAUAACACCCUUACAAAACAGAUCAAGGGGCAUUGAUUCACCUUUGAAACAGUAUCAACAUAUGAGAGAGGACCCAAUCUUAAGAAACAGUUUCCCAAAUAUGAUGCAUCUUCUUGGACUGGCCCUUACAGUUCCAUCAACAACAGCAGCAGUUGAAAGAUCUUUCAGUUUAAUGAACUUGCUGUGCACAACCUUGAGAAAUAGGCUUAUUAACUGUUCAUUAGAUCAUUUAAUGAGAAUCUGCAGUUGUUCAAAUGGGGAAGAAUUAAAUCGGGAAAUCUUGGACAGAGCAAUUAAAUUUUUAUAACACAAAAGAAUAGAUUGGUUAAAUUUUAAGGUUUUGUUUUGGCAAUAAACUUUUUUCUGACUCACCAACAGUGUUUAAUUCUUGAAAUAUAGUCUUACAGUAGCACAUAAAAAUUUCCCAAUUUUUGAUAAAUCGUCGUAAAAUUCCCAAUUCCAAGGGCCCGGGCCCCAUUCCCAAAUUGGUGUGGAAAAUCCCUGGAUACU